AUGAUCAAGACAUUGGCCCUCCUUACCCUCGCUGCUGCUGCUUCAGCACGCAAAUGCACAAACAUCACUGUGCCUGUGUCUCUCGCUUCUGAAAAUGCCGUCUUUGACUUCGAGACACCCUUGACCAAGAUUGACGUCACAAGCUUCGCCGUCAAUCUUGCUCGACAGGAUCCUCCCUUCGUCAAGCAAGUGCAGAAGGGUUUCAAGAAUAUCACAGGCUGCUAUGAACUCGCCGCUACAUACUGCGAGCCGGAUGCUGGCCCCGGAGAGCAGCUGCAGAUCAUGACACACGGUAUCGGAUUCGAUCGAAGUUACUGGGACUAUCCCUACAACGGAUACAACUACAGUUACGUCGCGCGAGCAGUCGAUGAGCACGGCUACUCAACCCUCACCUGGGAUCGACUUGGUGUCGGUGCUUCUUCCAAGGGUGAUCCUCUGAGCGAGAUCCAAUCUUUCAUUGAGAUUGCUGCCCUCAAGGCACUCACCACCAAGGCCCGUGAAGGCACUCUCCCAGGCGUCAGCAACCCAUACUCCAAGACCAUUCACAUCGGCCAUUCGUUCGGUUCAGUGAUUAGCUACGCCCUCGCCAACGAAAGCCCUGAGCUCACCGACGCCAUCGUCCUGACGGGUUUCUCACAGUCUCCUGCCUACAUGUCUCUAUUCAUACUCAGCAACAACUUCAUCCCCAUUACCGACACACCUCUUGCAGCCCAGUAUCCCGCUGGGUACAUUGCCACAGCGUCUACGGUGGGUGUACAGAUCAACUUCUUUGCCGAGGGUGAUUUCGAUCCUCAACUGCUGGACGUGGCAUACCAGACUGCCCAGCCUGUGACACCCGGUGAGCUUCUCACGAUAGGUGCACCAGCGGGGAAGAACAACUCUUACACUGGCCCUGUCCAGAUCGUAACCGGCGAGCGCGAUGUUCCCUUCUGCGGCGACAACUGCUACUCAACUGUAAGCGCAGGCGUAGAACUUCCUUCGCUGCUCGACCUGUCAAGGAAUUUCUUCACAAAGGCUUCGCGAUUUAACACGACUGUUAUUCCUGGCGCGGGCCAUGGAUUGAACUUUGGAUACUCACAUACUCUUACAUACGAUGCCAUUUUCGACUUUCUUUCUGAGUAG